AUGAAGCUGGGGUACAAAAUCCCCUCGGCGGCGAUGGACCGCGUCAGCCUGCUGUGGUGCCUGAGGCAUCGGGCUCGCCGCGGAGCGCUCUGCAUGGCCUUCUUCUGCAUCUCCAUGACUCUGCUCUACGCCAUCUGCGCCGAAAACAUCGUGCCCGUCAUCUUUGGGGUUCUGGCAACAACUCGGGCGCAGCCUCGUGCACACUCAGUCAUCAAGGUGCUGAGAGGCGGAGCCAAGCCCGGGACAGGGGGGGAGCUGAGCGGCAAAGGGGGGGACGCAGAGUACUUCGGGCCUCAUGGGCUCCUGGGAGAGGUGUGGGAUGACGAGAUGUCCAGUAGCAUGCUGGGAAACCGCCUGAGGAAGGCAAAGCAGAUCUAUCAGGCGAUGAACAAAUUUGGAGUUGAGGUUUCCGGCCCCGGCGGCGUCUCCAGCCGACCGAAGCUGAGCGGCCCCGAGCUUCUCUGCGAGCUGAGGGACAAGACAGAGGUGGCGACAUUGACCUCUGACCUCCAUCCCUUUUCGUCGCUGCCCUUGGCCGCCCAGCUGCCGCCGAACCCACUGACCUCUGACCUCGGGCCGUACAAGAGGUGUGCUGUGGUGUCGUCGGCCGGGUCGCUGCGCUACUCCGGACUCGGCAAAGAGAUCGACUCCCAUGAUGCUGUGCUGCGCUUCAACACCGCGCCCACCAGCGGCUACGAGAAAGACGUCGGAUCGAAAACCACCAUCCGCCUCAUCAACUCACAGGUGAUGGCGUCUGACGAACAUCACUUCCUGUCCAGUUCUCUGUACAGCUCGGGUGCUCUGGUGGCCUGGGACCCCGCCCCCUUCUCCGCUGACCUCACUCAGUGGUUCAACAAGCCGGACUACCCGAUCUUCGCCCAGUACCAGAGAUACAGACGACUCCAUCCUCUGCAGCCGUUCUACAUCCUGCACCCCCGCUUCCAUUGGCAGGUGUGGCAGCGAAUACAAGACAACAUGGCCGAACCCAUCACGAAGAACCCGCCCUCCACCGGCUUCCUGGGCACCGUCCUGAUGAUGUCACUGUGCGAGGUGGUGCACGUCUACGAGUUCUUGCCGUCGCAGAGGAAGACGGAGCUCUGCCACUACUACCAGCCUUUCUUCGAAGCCGCCUGCACGCUGGGCGCUUACCACCCGCUGCUGUACGAGAAGAACCUGGUGAAGAGGAUGAACCAGGGCAGCGACCGCGACAUCUACACACACGGACGCAUCACGCUGCCCGGGUUCAGGAAGAUGAACUGCACCCAGGCUGCUGCUGGACGCCUGAAGCACCACUGA